UCAUCAGAAGAAUCUUCAGUGAGUCAUCCCAGUCCUACAUGUCAACGGUCCCCAUCACGUGACCACAAAGACAAAGGACCUUCGAGGAUAAAGUUUGCUGUCCAUCGCGAAGAACCUGUGACUGCUUGCGUUGCCUUCUUACCCACAGCCAGCGACCGAUGGCCACUUUUGGGAUACCGACUUUUGUGCCGUCCCACCACCGGUCAAGUAAGCCAGUAUUACAGUACAAGAGUAGACGCUGGGAAAACGCGGUUUGGAAUUCUCCUACAAGGACACCAAUCGUAAGGACCCCUCGGUAGUGUAUUACCGAUAUGUGCAGUGCUACAAGUUGAGCCGCAGUAACGCAAGUUCCGGCCUGAAGCGCACGGUUGCCCACCUGACUUUAAGAAAUGGCGUCAUUGUUACGGAUCCGGACAAUCCUUCCACGCCACACUGCUGCACGCCAGGAUCUGGAGAGUGUUCAACUGCCAGGGUACUGACCAAGAGAUACCUGUACGAGAAGAGGACAGAGGUCAGGACCACGAAGAAGAGGCCGCGAGAAGCGUUCAACGAUGCAGUAAGUGCCGUCGAGAGCAGAUUUUCCGAAUACCCAGCAGACGUGCAGCAACAACUAAAGGGAGAGCUGAACACCGGCUAUGGCUUUGUUGCGAAGAGAAGAAGCCUGUCGAUGAACCGUCAGUUUGGCGUGCUGAAGGGAAAUAGCGUGGACGCCAUACUGCCUCAACUGAAAGUCAGUCACGAUGGAGAGCCCUUCCUCCGUUUUGAAGAACGGACCGAGGGAAGGAGGAUGCUGAUCUUCUUCGCGGACAAAGACCUUGAAGGACUACAGGCGGCUGAAUAUGUGCUCGGAGAUGGAAAUUUCAAAUUUAAUCCGCCUGAGUUCCACAAUCCAGGCCAGUUCUAUACGCUGCACGUAGUGGUCAAAGCCCAUCCAUUUCUGUACGCUCUCAUGCAGCGCAUGGACAGGGCUGCCUACGAGACACUCUUCACAGUGUUAAGGGACGGUCUGAUAAGAAAGUUUGGCCACGUACACACCCUUUCAACAAGCGUCACGUGGCUUUUCGAUUUUGAAAUGGCUGCUAUCCUGGCCGUAAAAACAGUCUCCAGCGGCACACAAGGCGCGCCGAAGGUUCAUGGAUGCGCCUUUCACUACGCGAAGGCUCUCAACACAAAGCGGGACGAGCUGGGUUUAAAGAAGUUGUGCGCCGAACAUUCUGGUGUCGCCUUGUGGAUGACCAGAGUGAGGCACCUUCCCUUUGUGCCAGACGAAUUUCGGCUGCAGUUUGCAGAAGACCUCCUAGCAGCGCAUCCUGACUUGCCGCCACUUGAAGCAGCGAGACUGCAACGAUUCUCCCGAUACUUCGCAAGGUUCUGGAUCCAAAAUGCUGUCAUCAAAGACAUAUGUGGUCAAUUCAAAAAUACCGGGCCCCGAACCACGAACAUGGCAGAAGGCUGGCACAACGGCCUACUGAGCCGUAUCGACAGGCGGCACCCCAGUUUGGCAGAGCUGUUGCAGUGGCUCCAAACCUCGCAGCAUGCCACUCAGAAUCGCAUGCUUGCUCUAAGGCUUGAUCCCCUCGCCGUAGGAAGGCCACAAUGCCCAAGCGUGCUUCGGAGGAACAGGCUGUUGCUUUCCGAGAUGGACAGAUUUGAAACGUAUGUAGCGGGGCACGUCCCCACGUUUGCUGAUGUUGCGAACUACUUGGACUCAAUUAUUGAGACCGGCGUACUCCUUGCAAGUUAG